GGGUCCAUCUAAUUCACACGGCAGAUUAACUCCUAAAACCCUAAUUCCUCUGACGUUGGAGUUGCGGUAGAGCAUUAUACACCCUGCGGGCUCCCUUCAUCCGUCACUUCCUGCAAGAGUUCUCUAGCAAAUGGCUGCCAAUAAAAAUGCACCACCUACAACCUUGGACAAGGAACAGAUAAUGGGUAUGGCAGAGAAGGAGAUGGAAUAUAGGGUUGAAUUGUUUAACAAGCUUACCCACACAUGUUUCAACAAGUGUGUUGAGAAAAGGUACAAGGAGGCUGAACUAAACAUGGGUGAAAAUAGUUGCAUUGAUCGCUGUGUUUCAAAAUAUUGGCAGGUGACUAAUCUGAUUGGGCAGUUGCUCGGUUCUGGUCGACCUCCAAUGUGAAUUGACGAUGUCCUUAUCAACAUAUUAGCUGAAUAUCUUUUGCUGAACAAUUUUUACUAAAUUGGUUGGCUGCCCGAAGAUAGAUGGGUGAUUGUAUUUUCUUGAGUUCCUCCAGUUUGUUGUCUUAAUUAUGAUGAACUAGUGGCAUUAUAUCGUACAAGCUGCCUGCCUUAGGCAUGAAAUUUUGUCGUCCGCUCUGUUAUUUUUAUGGAGAAUUCACAUUUGGAAUAAUGCUGCUGUUAUAUUCUUUGCAUUAUCGACGAG